AUGGGCCACUACUGGGAUGAACGAGUCGGCUGCUUCGAUGAGACUAUUUGUUGAGGGGUUUCAGCAGGUUUUCCAUUUAACUACGGAAGACGAAAUGGACCCACGAGUGCGCCAGAUUCGGGAAAUUGUUAAGAAUGUCCUCGAAUCUACGAACAACACGGAUGUCAUGGAGUACCCCGCUUCUCAACAUCAGGAUGUGGUCAUGCCUUAUGAACCAGAAGUAGUUCCACGGCGUCGUGGAGUGCCUGGUGUUCGGACUGGGGGACACGGCUACACAAAGCAGUUCAGGAUGUCCCAGCCGGUGCCCGAUUAUGUAGCACCAGAGACGCAGUAUCAAGUGCAUGACCCACCCCAGUGGUAUUCAUACCCGGCGCAUGAGUCACAGUCACAGUGGGAGCGUCCCCAGUAUUCUCCUAGCCAGCCUGAGCCCGAUUGGCAUCGUCGCCCAUAUUCACAAAGCCAGGACGCGCCGCAAUGGAGUGGGGCCCGAGCCUCGGUCGAUUCAUUCUUCCAGAAUUAUCAGGUAGUGCCUCCUGUACAAGCUGAAGAAGAGGAUGAUGAUGAAGGAGUAGAAGAAGAUGACAACAUUGUCGAGGCACAUGAGGAAGAAGACGUUCAGAGCAUCGGUAUCCAACCUCGACCUGCUGCAGAGGGUUCAUCACGAGGCGGGGUUGGGAAGCUCGUGAGCAAAGUGUACAAGAGAUUGUCCUCCAGGAAGAAUAAGGGUGUUGAACCGUCAAAAUAUACUCCAUCAGCGUAUAAGUAGCAAUUUUUCAGGAAGUCGGGCAGUGAAGAAUGAGGGUGGAAUUGUCCCAGGCAUGAUGGUGGAGUUGCUCGAAUUGAUGGAACUGAUUGUGCAUUUGUUGC